AUGGCCACGCCUGCUCGUCAGCCGUUUGGCAUCUUGAACGAAUCCAAGCUGAGAAGCUUGCAGAGUGUGAAGAAUCGACAAAAUGCUCUCACACCAAACUCUGCUCCAACAUCCUUGAAGCGCCGAGCCAUCUCUCCCGACGUUGACGGAGGCUCAGACGGCGAAAAUGUCGACCCAAGCAUUCUCGACUCGUUGCACAAACGCAAGAGAUCAGCCUUUGGUGAUGAUGUAUCACUCGCAAAGACACAUCGCUAUUCUUUGAAUGUGACUGCUCUCUCGUCCACCCAACAUCGUCUUAGUACGGCCCUUGCCUCCACUCCACGUCUUGAUACCUUUGUUAAGCCGUCAUCGACCCCUGUCUCUGCACCUGCAGCAGGCCGUUCGCCAACGCGUAAGCGCUCUGGUCUUCUUCAGUCUCGGAAGCGUUUCAAUCCACCACCCUUCUCUAGUUCGACCCAAUCCCCCACUCUCUCCUUAUCCGCUGCCCUGAAUGGCACAAAGAAAUCACGAGUUCAAUCUCGCAAGCUUCAGAAGGCUACAAUUGAAAGCAGCAAGCCCAAGUCAUGGUUCUUCGACAUAUAUGAGGAAACCGAGGAAGUCCAAGACUACCGUAUGAACGAAUGGACCAUGACACAGAGCGCCACAGGGUUGGAUAUCAGCGAUGACGAGAGCAAGAGUCUGCACAAGAAGUCGUCGUCGGUGGAUAGAGGCAAGGAGAACAUUGAUCCCAACGAGGUAACCGUACCCGUGACCAGGUCCAUGGCUGCUGCUGCUGCCAACGCCGCCGCGGAAAAGGCCAGGGGGAAGGAGGUCAAGAUGAACGACGAACCCAGAAGCCCGCUCGCAGAUCUCGAUCCUGCGGAGUACUAUGGCGAAGGCCUUGAUGCCACUAGUGUGGUUCUCGUGCACGACGACGAAGAGGCAGAGACUGACGUGGAAGGCGAAGAGACGAAGCAGCCGCACGAUUUCACCUUCCAACCCUCCACCGCCAGCACGUCACUGACGUCAACUGCGAAGAUCAUCGAAGACCUAAACGCCCCAACACUGGCCGAGAUACUGAGCUCUGCCACCCCGAAUGCACUCGAUAGCACGCUAGUCGAGAAGGCUGAAGCCCCUGGCUACCCUCUUAAACGUGUCCACGCCACUCAUGCUGAUGCUGAUGGUGAUGUCGAGAUUGAAAUCUGGGAAAGCGAGAGUGCAAAGGACGAAAAUGAGAAAGCUGAUCUUCCGCUCGAGAAUGUUGUCGACGUAGGCAGCCCAUGCUCGUCUGUUGGGGAUCAAAAUGUCUUCGCGCUACAGGAGCUGUGA